CUUGUUGGAUCAAUCAAAUCCUUCAUCACAAAUCUCAGGUGGAAGCUCCAACAAAAAGGUGCAUUGUCAACGCAUCUACACCAUACGCACACUGAUCUUGCAAAAGUCUUGAGUAGAAUUACGACAGUGACAACAAAUCCUUUAAUUCCCCACUCAAACCACUAAAGGCACAGGCAACGCAUGUUUCUUGUCCUAGCCAGGUCAAGUUCAUGUUGGUUCUUUCAGCUAAGCUACUGUCACAACCCAGCAACACCGCAUAACAGCACGGAACAGUCUUCUAAUUCACUCCAUUUCUACAGUACGAGCAACGGACCAAGACCAAACCUGGUAAAGCUGCCUAGAUCCGGUCGAGUCGUCCGCCCGCCGCGACACAACCGAGCCGUGACCCGGGCUCCCGGGUGCCUGCCGAUGAAUAACUACUUUAUAGUACUGUUAACUCCAAAUAAUAGCCGCAACAGAGGUCACAUCACUGACGAAGGUGGCACUCAAUCAUGUACCUGGCAGAAGGGCAAGUCUUUCAUACAACCUAAAACGGCCCGGAUUGAUAAGUAGGUACUUGGAGAAAUCGACAAUACCUACCCAUCUGGGUUUGGGUUCCGAACAUCCUUGAGUUUAAGCAUGAUCAAGAAACCGCAUUGUUGCAGCAGACAAAGAGAGUCCCAGGCGCUUUCAUGUUACAGCUUUCCAACUAAU